UAAUACCGCCUAUUACAAGUAGUUGGGCCGCCACAGUGUAUUCGCCUGAACCCUAACGCCAGUUUAAUUACUUCGCUACUAGACCGUCCUUUUACGCCUAAUUAUUCUUUCCGAUCAACGGAAAGAGCAGCCGAAAGCUAGUGAUCCUAUCGUCUAUGGAGGCCCAUCGUCUCCGAGCCCUAAUCUCCAACUUCGCUUCUGCGUAUUCUCUGCAACAAAGCCUACGCAGUCUGUCUUCGGCCUCCGUGAGCCCUAGGAAAUGGGGCUUCUUUUCCGACGAUCCGGCGGAAGGCGACAGUUCGGUAUACCAUCACGCGCUCAAAUUCCAGCGCCCCUCCACCAUUACCUGGCGGCAGCAAUUGUGCAACUCUGCGAGCUUUAUCGGCACAGUUGAUCGUCCUCUCAAGCAAUUCAACACCGCCACCGGUGGUUUGGGUGCUCAUACCAUGCUCAGCGUCAAAAUUUCUCCCAAUUCCAAGCGCUAUUUCAGGAUUUUUCUGAAGAUGUGGGAUGAGAUGGCAGAAAUAUCUAUGAAACAUCUGAAACCAAAUGACUAUAUUUAUGUUUCAGGUCAUUUAGGAUCAUACACAAAAGCUGUUGAGAAUGGAAAGCUCAAAACAAAUUAUCAGGUGAUAGUGAAGGAAUUGAAUUAUGUUGUACGAUGUGGAAGCGCAAUCAAUAACAAAUCUGAGCAAUCAGAUUCAAGCGAAGGUGAAACUGGUUUAGGGAAAUACAAAAACCGCCUUCACUUGUGGCAAGUGUUCUUUGCCAACCCAUCUGAGUGGAGGGAUUACAGAAGUAGUAAGGUAAACGCAAACCAUCCAGAUUUUAAACACAAGGAUUCUGGUGAAGCUCUCUGGAUCAAUCCCAACGAUCCUCCAUGGAUUAAGAGGCAACUUCAACUGUACAGUUCCUCUUUGGCAGAAAAUGAUUGUAGUAGAGAACAUGCAAACUCAUCUGCUUCAUCUUUGUCCAAGUGCUUGUGAUGUCUAGGAAAAAACUCUAAACGAGGAGCACCUGUGGAGCUUCAAUUUGCUGGCUGUGCAUGUAUAUAAUAUAUAUAUAUAUAUAUAUAUAUUUGUAGCUCGCAGAUAAUAUUUGAAAAACAUAUGGUAAAUACUAGGCACUUGAUGGAAGCCUUUGUAUAGCAUUUUCGCUUCUGUUACAGACCUUAAAUUAGCUUUCUAAUUCAAAUAUUUUGUGAUGGGAAAUUUCAAGUUA